UAAGACAGUCUUUCUUUAUAAGCGUGAACACCUCUUUCUUACUAGGAGAACCAACAAUCUCUCUCCCCCUCUCUCUCUCUCUCUCUCUCUCUCUCUCUCUCUAUAUGUCUUACUCUUUGUGUGAAAGCAUGGACAAUAGAAGCUUUGUUUCGGACACGGUAACGUCUUAUGAGGCAAAAGACUCUGAAAUGGAAAGCGAGAGCUUCACCGAAUUAUCUGUUUUCACAGAGAAAUUGAGUUCAAUUGUGAGUGAAUUGAAGGAAAGCAAGCUAAUUAAGAACCCUCCAAUUGGAAAAGCGAUUGAAUCGCUUGAAACUGAACUCGGGCAAGCCAAGGACUUGAUGAUGAUGAUGAGAAACGACCCCAAUUGUAGUAGGACACCGUUGGAGAAGCAGAUCGAAGAGGUGACCCACGAUCUGGGUCGGUCCUUAGGCCUUGUUCUAUUUGCUAGUCACGAUGUGUCUUUAAUUGCUAGGGCUAGCAAAGAAAAGAUUGAGGCUCUGCGCCGAGAAUUGAUGAGUGUCAGGCUCAAUUUGAGUUCUGAAUCGGAAUUUGUGAAUGAUGUCGAAACUGAGGAAACACAAGAAACAGAUGAGGCUGAGGCUGAGGCUGAGGCUGAGGCUGAGAUAGAGAUAGAGACAGAGAUAGAGACAGAGACACAGAUAGAGGAGGCUGAGGCAGAGACAGAGGAGGCUGAGGCUGAGGCUGAGGCUGAGGCUGAGGCAGAGAUAGAGACAGAGACAGAGGAGGCUGAGGCUGAGGCUGAGGCUGAGGCUGAGAUAGAGAAGGAGGAGGAGGAGGAGGAGGAGGAAAAUGAAACUUUUAGAAUUAUUCUGGAUAUUGAUGAUGUUGUUUUGCAGCUCAAGUAUGGCAAUGAUGAUGAAUUUAAGUCGGCACUUUUGGGGUUAAAUGCGUUGAUUAUGGAUAAUACCAUCACGAGUGAGCAGAUUAGCAAUGAAGGGGUAAUCCCAAUUCUUUUUAAUCGAUUGGGUUCGAGUAAGCCCAAUAAUCGACUGACUAUAAUUCAGAUACUAAGAAAGCUCACAUUACAGGAUGCUGAAAACAAGGAGAAGAUGGCAGAUGCUGGGUGUUUGUUGACUUUGGUGAAAUCCUUGGCACGGGAUGUGGAGGAGCAGAGGGAAACCGUGGGAUUGCUGUUGAAUCUCUCAGAUGUUGCUGCGGUUAGAAGAAGGAUUGGAAGAAUUCAAGGGUGUAUAGUUAUGUUGGUUGCGAUUUUAAAUGGCGAUGAUUUGGUUGCUUCGCAUGAUGCAGGAAAGUUGUUAAAUGACUUGUCAAAAAAUACUCAAAAUGCUCUUCAUAUGGCGGAAGCUGGUUAUUUCAUGCCCCUAGUACAAUACCUCAAGGAAGGUUCAGACAUGAGUAAAAUUCUCAUGGCGACUGCACUUUCAAGGAUGGAGCUUACAGAUCAAAGUAAAGCUUCCCUUGGAGAAGAUGGGGCAAUUGAACCCCUUGUGAAAAUGUUUAACGGUGGGAAGCUUGAGGCGAAAUUAUCGGCUCUAAGCGCAUUGCAAAACUUAUCCAGUUUUGAAGAAAACAUCCAACGUUUGAUGAGUACAGGCAUUGUGGCAUCUCUACUUCAGCUCCUUUUCUCUGUGACAUCUGUUCUCAUGACACUCAGGGAACCAGCAUCGGCCAUCCUUGCAAGGAUUGCCCAGUCUGAAUCUAUUCUUGUUAACCAAGAUGUUGCUCAGCAGAUGCUCUCACUUCUAAACCUUUCAAGUCCAGUGAUUCAAUUACACCUCUUACAUGCACUUAAUAGCAUUGCUAUGCAUCCUAGUGCAUCCAAAGUUAGAGUGAAAAUGAAGGAAAAUGGUGCAAUUCAGCUUCUCCUACCCUUUCUGACUGAAAAUAACACCAAAAUCAGGACUGGUGCUUUAGAAUUGAUCUACACCCUAUCUAAAGACUUGCCGGGAGAACUGACAGAACAGCUAGGAGAAACCCAUCUCAACCUUCUUAUUAGUAUUAUAUCAUCAGCAACAUCUGAGACCGAAAAGGCCGCUGCUGUUGGCAUAUUAAGUAAUCUCCCGGUUAGUGACAAGAAAUCUAGAGAUAUACUCAAGAGGGCAAACUUAGUUCCCAUUUUGAUCCCUAUGUUAAGUUCAGCCCUUGUAACUUCAGCAACACCCACAACUUGCUGGUUAGCAGAGAGCAUUGCAGGUGUAUUCAUUCGGCUUACAGUUCCUUCUGAUAGGAAACUACAACUACUUUCUGCUGAGCAAGGGAUGAUACCUUUGCUUGUGAAGUUACUCUCAAAUGGGUCACCAAUGGCUAAAUCCAGAGCUGCAAUUUCACUGGCUCAAUUAUCACAAAAUUCAUUCUCUCUCAGAAAGUCCAGAACAACUUCGAGGUGGUUGUGUGUCCCUCCUUCUGCCGAUGCAUUUUGUGACGUUCAUGAUGGUCACUGCUCUGUCAAGGGCACAUUUUGUUUGGUGAAGGCUGGUGCUGUUUCUAUACUCGUUCAAAUUUUGCAAGGUAAUGACAGGGAAGCAGAUGAAGGAGUUCUCAGUGCUCUUUCUACUCUUUUGCAAGACGAAAUUUGGGAAAAUGGAAGCAAUUGCAUAGCCAAAACAUCGGGUGUUCAAGCCAUUGUAAAAGUACUGGAACAGGGGACCGUGAAGUCUCAAGAGAGAGCACUAUGGAUCUUGGAAAGAAUUUUCAGAGUUGAGGCUCACCGAGUUCGGUAUGGGGCAUCUGCUCAGGCAGUGCUUAUCGAUCUAGCACAAAAUGGUGAUCCUAAAUUAAAACCAAUUAUUGCUAAGUUGUUAGCACAACUUGAGCUCUUGCAACUUCAAUCCAGUUACUUCUGAGAUUAUUCCAUAAUCAGAGAGGUUUGUUAAUUAUUGUCUUUUAAUUUUUCAAAUUAAAUUACCAAGUGUAAAUGACAGGAAUCUAGAACAACUGAUGUAAAUUUAAAUAAAUAAAUAAAUAUAUAUAUAUAUAGAUAAUCA